GUUUUAUUAAGAAAAAAAGAUUUGUCACUUUUCUGCAAACGAUUCUUAGCUUCUGCGAAGUUUGAUAAAAGCUAAAGUUUAUUUUAUUGUUGUUUUUGGAGAGAAACUUUUAUGGAUUCUCUUGGAUUCAACCUCCAACAAUCUCCAAUCCGAUUGAAAUCCAGAAUCCUCCGACCAAGAAUCUCCAACAUAUCGAACCAAACCAAUGAAACCGAUCCUCGACCACCAUCAUCGGCCGGUAAGAUCCGAAGGUUAGUACUCAACAACGAAGGUCGGACCAAACUAAACGCCGAUCCUGACCGUGAAUUCUAUUCAUACCCACGGUUCGUGAACCACGUGGACGACGGGUUCAUAUCCUCCUUAACCGAACUAUACAGAAACCGGUUGAGACCCGGUUCGGUUGUACUAGACCUGAUGAGCUCAUGGGUUAGCCAUCUACCAGAAGAAGUCAAGUACGAGAAAGUAGUGGGGCAUGGUCUAAAUGCGCAGGAGCUUGCGAGAAACCCUAGACUCGAUUACUUCUUCGUCAAGGAUCUUAACGAAGAUCAGAUAUUCGAGUUCGAAGACAAGUAUUUCGACGCUGUUUUAUGUUCUGUCGGUGUUCAAUACCUACAACAUCCCGAACAGGUGUUUGCACAAGUGUAUAGAGUGUUGAAACCGGGAGGUCUGUUGAUAGUGAGUUUCAGCAAUCGGAUGUUUUAUGAGAAAGCGAUUAGGGUUUGGCGAGAUGGAAGCGAAUACAGUCGGGUCCAAUUGGUGGUUCAGUAUUUUCAGUCUAUUGAAGGGUUCACUCAGCCAGAGAUCAUCCGCCAACAGCAACCUCCUCCUGGAUCUGCUCAGACUUCGCUUUUCACUUGGCUUAUGGGUUUUAUUGGUUUUGCUUCUACUCCCAACCCUUUCAACGCUGUCAUUGCUUACAAGAAUUUCAAACCACUGUAUGAGUAAGAGUCCUGAAACGUGUUACAUGGUUCUGCUUUUUCUUCUCCUAUUAUUAUCAGUGCAAACAAAAAAAGUGUAUAGGAAUAAUUAAGCAGUGGUUAUUAUUUAAUAAGAUGAGCUUGGUGUACUAUA